GUUUUUACUAGAACAUGUGUAGUACAGGAAAUCUCUUUACGUUUGACGACUCUCAUAUCUUUGAUGUCUUGAAAUCGUUGUCUGAAUUAUCUAGAAAUUCUGUAGAAACUGAGAGUCACAGAAGCAGGUUUUGCCAUCAGUCUACGGAUAAACUACUAAAGAACUCUCUGUGAAAAUAAUCUUACUAUUCACUUCCACCACGGCUGAUAUCACUAAUGUCAAUUCCUCCAACGAUGAGUCGGGAAGUUCUUUCCGUCCUUCGACGCCGAAAAAGAACUUUGGUAAAGGUAACCUGAAAUCUCAAUCAAACGCCAGGCGAUCCGUAAAUGUUGUUAUGGAAGAUGUAUCGAAUUGUUUAAACGAUUCAAGGGUCAGUGUUUCCAGCGACACUUCCGAAAACAGUUUUCGACCAUCAACUCAAAUGAAGAGUCUCGAAUCAAGCAUUUUAAAAUCACAGUCGAGCUCCAAACGAUCCGAGUCUGCUACUCCAGAUGAUGCGUUAAGCUCAAAUGGAGAUCAGUCACAGUAUGGAGAAGGAAACGAAUCAUUGUUGGUACAAGUAACAGGACUUAAGAAACAAAGGGACCGAGGGGUAAGAACCAAUUUUUAGGAGUUAUGAACUAUGAAAAAUAUAGUUGUUUAGUUUUGUAACCUGUCGUCAGUUUUGACGUUGUAAUAAUGUUUGAAAAUAAUGUUCAAGUUUCUGAACAGAUUUAAUGAUGGUUGUGUAAAGUUUGGUGGUAUUUGGCACAGGAUACCAAUUCGGAAGUGUAUAGGGCCGACGGGUGCAGAACAGGACAUUCUCAGUAGAGUUUCCCUCACACCCCACAUCUGACGAAAUUAUUUUCCAAUCGAUUGAGUUGAGAGGAAAAUAAAUCGAUAACGUUCCGUCAUUUUCAAAUUUGGUAAUAUCUGUUUGGAGAUCAUCUUGCCUAAAUUUGUUUUCAAUAUCAUAUAAUUUUAUUAUCUUUUUCUUUUAUUUUAUUUUAUUUUUUGGUUUUACAUGAGUAUCCGAAGUCCAUUGUGCAGGUUUUUUUUUGGUAAUUCCCAAUUACCUGCAUAUCACUCAGUAAACCAUGGCAGAAUAUUGUACAUCUGUGUAGCUUAUGAGGCACGAUGGGCUAAGAUUCUUUACUAUUCAGAUGUGUCUUCUGUAUCCCAGCUGUUGGUCAAAAUAUAAUUUUUUUUAAAAUUGAGUUUUAAUCCAAAGGGAGGAAAAAGAGUAAAUUUCAAGCUAAAUGAAGUUGGAAAGAUGUAUUAAAAUAAAAUUAAGUGAAAUCAAUUUUGACCCCAAGGGUAAAGAAAUAAUUACUGACUCCCUUUUUUUCUUUCCAGUUUUACUUUAUUUGCUAAAACUUGAAAUGAAUAUGUUGGGUGAAGUGAUAUAGGUAAUGAAAAUGGGAUUUUUGAAAUGUGGAAUUUGUCUCUUUGUAGUCUGAAUGUUCUCACAAAGUGAUUGAAAAGAGGCGCAGAGAUCGCAUCAACACAUCUUUGGGGGAACUUUCCCAGCUGCUUCCAGCUCAGUGUAACAGCAAACAGGUAUGUUGUGGGGGUUAUUAUUCAAUUUAUGCAAGGUAUUCACAACUACUGGGAAGGAAGGGAAAAAAAACAUGAACAUGAGGUGGUAGAAAAGGGAUUUUGAAGGGACUUGUUUGAUGAUGAUCAUACUAGACUGAGGUAAGUCUUGUCCUUGUAAUGGUUAUGAUAUUUGGUAAGAUAUCUCCCUUAAUUUAUUAGCUCCUUUCAUUUGCUCUCCAGGAUCUCCCCAUGCAAAGAAAUAGUUUUUGAAAACAGUUUAUCUCUGUUGAAUUAUUAUUAGAAUGAUAUUUAUAGUUGAUCACCUGUUGGCUGUAUGAAACAUAUGAAAAUAACUUGUUUAAGCAAUUGGCUUUUUUUCCUUGAAAUCAAUACCAUAGGGAUCAGGCAAGCUUGAGAAGGCAGAGAUUUUGGAGUUGACUGUGGAGUACUUAAAGGCUCUUCAAGGUCGUCUGGCCCAAAAGCAGGAUAAAGAGAUCAAACCAGAAGGUGGGUUACAUGAUUAUAAAUUUGUUGUAGCAACUAACUUGCUAGCUAUGAAGCCCUUCAUUACUACCGCUAACAGAUAUCUGAAGAAUUAUUUGUGGCAUGUGUCAACCUUAACUUUUUUGGUUAUUACACCCUAUCUGCUUGAGGGAUGGCCUUUUGCAUUUACUCUAAGAGCAUGACAAGCACUCAUGAUGCAAGACAAUGAGGAUGUUUUGGGAAGUUAUGCAUCCAGGCAUACAGUGCAAAUUUAGGAAUAUAUCAUAUGGGCUACAACUUUGUUUUAAAACAGCUUCAGAAACUUUAUAUUUUGCUCAAUGAAAAAAAAAAUUUCCAAUUGAAAUUCUUUUGUUGAUGUGAAUUUCUUCCGUUGAACUGUCAUGCAAUGAAGGGGCCAUGAAAUUUGAAUUUUUCCCAGAUAAUAUUUGAAUGUUUCUGAUUCAUGAUGAAAAUCUCCCUGUUAAAAUUUGUUAAAAAUAUAUGGGUCACUGCACUCAAAUAAACUCUUCCCCCAUUAGGCAGCACACCUGAGUUGCCAAAAACAGGAAAGGAACAAAUGCAGUUUUGACAAGUUAUUAUUUAUGGUAUUGAUUUUUGGUGGUUAAGUUUGAUGCUGGGUUAUCCCCCACAGAAACGUUCCUUUACUUUGAUUAGGAAUUACCAAGUCAAAUUAAUAAUGUGCAAUUCCCAUGACAAUAUUGUGCAAUUCCAGUUUAUCUCCUGUGUUGGGCUACUUUCGAUACAUAACCCAUGACUGACAUGUUUUUUCGAGCUGGCAAUCAGGAUGGGUGUUUUCAAUCUCUUUUUACAUGCCAUACCUGAUGGAUUCUUAUAUUUGGCUGGAAUAAAAUGAGUUAAGUGCAAAAAGAAACCGAAGAACAUUUACUCUGUAACUAACUGAUGAUCUUGUUGACUUUAUUCUUUUAGAUGAUAAAAAUUCAGUAGAAGCCACUGCAGAACCAAAGAGCAGCAGCACCAAUACUGAAGUCAAGCCUGUCAAUCACUUUGGAGGGUACAAGGACUGCACAGAAGAAGUCUUCCGUUUUCUGGUCAAUGUGGAAGCUAUGGACAUGCAACAGCCUUGUUUUCAAAGACUUAUGGCACAUUUAAGACAUCAAAUCCAGUUGUUGGCUGAAAAUUCAUCAAAUUCAGAAGAUGUGAAUCCCAAAGGAAAGGCCAGUACAGAGAAUGGAAAGCGCAACACAUCAAAGCGAAGCUUUCAGGGUACUAUCUCAUCAUCAUCAUCCACAUCAUCCAGUAUGGGUGAAAUGAGUGGAAGUGGGAGUGGUGGGAAAGUCAAGAGAGCCAGACUUCAUGCACAUCAUAGCAGCAAUAACAAGGUACAGAGCAGCAGCAGUAAUGGGAACAGUACAUCAGGUGGCAGCAGUGACAAUGAUAACAACUCAGACAAUGCCAGAGAAACCCAGAGUGACUCUGCAAUAUGUUUGGAAGAUGACCUUUCAGAGAUGCCAGGAAGUACAGGAAAAGAAGGUGACAAUGGCAGCAGAACAAAUGGCAGCAGUGUCAGCAGUGGAACUACAAACAGAAGUGCAAAUGAAACUAGCUCUUCAGCUAAUACAUGUCCCUCUAUGCUUCCACAAGGAGGAAACAUUCCACUGCGUGCUCCAUUUGUACUUCCUCCAUAUGCAGCUCCAACAUAUGCACUUCAUCCAGCUGGUACCCACUACAUUCCAAUUGUCUUGCAUCCUAGUGUACCUGUACCUUCUGCAUCAACAUUUAAUGGUGCUGGACAUAUUCCAUUUGGGAUGAUGGCAUCAGGGAUGAUGCCCCCAGGAGUAAUGCCCACUGGAAUGAUGCCAUCUGCAGCAGGUGGAAUUCCUCCCAACCUCCCAUUUGGUUUCCCCUUUCCAUAUGUUCCUCCAGCAAUGCCCCCUUAUGGAUAUCAAGCACCUCCAAUGGGUUUUCCUUUCCUUAAUGGAAUGAGGAAAGAUCUCUCAGGACAGGGUCAAACAGACCCAGGCAAUGGGGACAGUGGCUCUAAUGGUGAUGACUGCAGCAUUGAAUCACGCAUCUCCCCAGAGAGUAUUGCUAUUCAGACAGAUACACCUUCACCAAGUAAUUCUGGUAAUGAAAGUUCACACACUGAUGAAGGAGGAAGUUGAGGUUUACCAAUUUAGACUGAAUGAUAUAAGCUGUAAAAUUUUGAAAACUUAUGUGAGUGGGGUUGAUUUUGGUGGAAUUUCAUGACAGCAGCAUAAUGGCCAAAAAAAAAUUUUAUCUUAAAUUAGUAAACAUCAAUGAGAAGCUAAGUAAAUCAUAGAGUUUUUGGAGUCUUCUCCCCAGAGCCCUGUACUGAUAUCUCCUGUGUAUGCUACAACUGAAAUCUUUUAAAAAUAGUACAGUUACAAGCUGUAAAGGGGGCUAUGUACAAAUGACGAGGAUGCACGUUGAAGCUAUUGUAUUAGCCACUGAAAAUUUAGAUGGAUAACUGUUCAUCAUCAUUCUUUUUCACAAUAAAAGGCUAUUAGUUUCAUAGGGCAUAAUGAAGAAGUGGGGUCAAUAGUUUGGCACCUCUCAAGCCAAGUUUUACUCCUGUGUAUGUGUGUAUAGCUAUAAAUAGUCAAGCAAGGAAACUGAAAGUGUGUACAAGAGUAAGUGAAAUUCGUUGAGCUUUUCCUAUUCAAUCCUUCACAGUUCCUAUAUUGCUCCAACUGUGGAGAAUGAUUUAGUAAGGGAAAAUUUAAGUUCUGGAAGAAUAUCGAGUGUGUUUCAAUUUUUUCAUGACCAUUACUGGCAGUUAAGUUUUAUUUGUUUGACUAGAGGGUGAAGAAUUUGGAUGAUUUGCCACAAAUGUCUUAAACCUAUCUGUCUCUGUGAGCAGUAAAACUUUUGCCAGUAGGAUUUAAAUCUUAAGCUAUUAAUAUUAGUAUUUAAGAUUGCUUCACAGAUUGGUGACAUUCCUUCGUAUAUGCAAACUGACCUAAGUAUCCCAGACCUACCAUGAGUACUGAAUGGGAUAGAUGAAUACUGGAAAGGUUCAAGGUUUUUCUGUCUAUCAGUGGGAACAGUGAUUUUGUAAAUGUCACCUCUCAAUAUGAGGUUUGAAUGGGUUGGUAUAACCAUUGUAAGUUAAAAACAGUUUCCCAACUUUCCUUCAACAACUUGUAAAUAUGAGAAAUGAAGCAAAUUAAAAAAGAUUUGAUGUAGUAGUGUGUUAAUGUUAUUUUAUAGUUAUAUUGUUUUCAUAAGCCACCUGGUAGGGUGAUACUUUGUGUAAAGAGGUUCACAUGUCCUGCUCGUG